AUGCCAGUGCGAAUGCCAGUGCGAACCACCAGGUUGAUGUACAGGGGAAUUUGCACUAUUCCAGAUAUCCUGUCAUACCGGACCCCCAUUAACCUGCCCGAGGAUGAGGUGGAAGAGAUCCGCGAGGCCUUCAAGGUGUUUGACAGAGAUGGAAACGGCUACAUCUCAAAGCAGGAGUUGGGGGUGGCCAUGCGGUCGCUGGGAUACAUGCCUAAUGAGGUGGAGCUGGAGAUUAUUAUCCAAAGGCUGGACAUUGAUGGUGAUGGCCAGGUUGACUUUGACGAAUUUGUUGCACUGCUUGGACCAAAACUUAUUGCUGCUGGGAUGCCUGAUAAGUUCCAUGGGGCAAACUUUGACUCUGUAUUUUGGAAGUGUGACAUGUCGAAGCUAACGGUAGAUGAGCUGAAGAGGCUCCUGUAUGACACGUUCUGUGACCACCUCACCAUGAAAGACAUCGAGAACAUCAUCAUGACCGAAGAGAGCCACCUGGACAACCAAGUGUGCCAAGUGGACAUUGACACGAGCCCGACACAACAGGUGAAGCACACUUGUGUGCGGAAGAGUCUGAUUUGUGCUUUUGCCUUUGCAUUUAUCAUCAGUGUAAUGCUUAUUGCAGCUAACCAGAUGCUCCGUAGAGGUAUGAAGUAG